AUGCAGUUAAAGAAUGUCAUCCUGGCAGCGGCAGUCGGGCUUGUCGACGCUCAGCGCCCCAAGGACCAAAGCAUCUGCGACUAUUACACGACCGCGUUGCUGAAGACCAACAACGCAACAAACCAGGCUACGCUGCUGACCCUGUUGGUAAACACAGUCGUCAUUGGAAAUUACACCAUGCCUAACCAUAAUGCCGUUCCUGGCAUCCUCGGCCCCGGCGAGAUUGACGGCAAACAGGUCAACCUUGCUCCUUACUUCAACGGUGCGCUUGCUUCAACGAAUACUGGUGGAAAGAUGGGCGAGUCUGUCAACUUCUUAGACGGCGGUGGCGCGGCGCCCCUGAAAGAGAACAAGCCCGCCAAUGACGACAAAAGCCAUCAGUACUUCCUCCUCACGCACUUAUACGAGUUCUUUGGAAGCCUCACAGGAUGCAGCAUGCAAGGAAUGGCCGGAUUCGACGCGUACAGCGGGCAUGCUUCCAUGGCAGAGGUUCACAAGUUCAUGGAUCUUGGAAAGCCAGAGAUGGACUACUUUGUGGCGCAGGUUGGCCUCGCGGCGGCCUCUUUUGGCGUGGCCAAGGACGACGUCACUGCCAUUGCCGACUCGCUCAACGCUGUUUUCAAUGUUGCUUGCGGGCCGCCCACCACUGCCGUUAAAGCGCAGGGCCCUCAGCUGCAAUCCAUCUGUAUCGACCAGUCUACUUGUCCCAAGGCUGCGAAGGAUCCCAUGUGCGACAGGUACCCGGCUGUUGUUAAGCCUAGCAACGCAACGGGCACCACGAUGCCAUCUGGGAGUACGAGUGCGACCGGCACCGCCUCUGGAACGACCGUGCCAAGCGGAACUGGUUCGGCAGUGCCGACUGCUGCUGCUGCCGUGAAUGGAUAUAGCCUUGCGGCUGCUGUCGCUGGGCUGGCCGCUUUCCUUGUGUAG